AUGGGUGGUGGAUCUUCUAAAAAUAAAAAGGGUGAUAAGAAUAAGAAAGGCCAAAAUGGUGUUAAGUCAUAGGAUGCUUUAGAAGUGAAGAACUAAGAAUAGCUUGAAAAGGAGCAUCAAGAAUUAGAAAAAUAAAAAAAGUAAUAAAAUGAUGAAUAAGAUAAAAUGAAUUUUUUCAUUGCAAACAAUGAAUAACUAGAAAAUAACCCUAAAUUGACAUCGCCAUUAAAACCUGGUGAAAAAAAUUUAACUUUGAUGUAAAUCGAAGAAUAAGCCAUUAUAAAAGACUCUAAAAAAUAAAAACUUUAGGACUCUCUUCAUGUGAAUGCAUCUCCAUUAAAACCAAUAUAAUAAGAUUCACUUUUACAAAAAGAUAGUCCCUAAAAGCCACCUUAGCUGCAGCAAUAAAGGGCUUCUUUAAGCAAUUUUAAGAAUAAUAAUCAGCAAAAUAUUAAAUAAUAAACUGAAUAAAAGCAAAGCAAACAAAAUCUUAAAAGAAACGAUGAUUUGUCUUUUGAUCUUUCAAGAGAAAUGCAACCAUAUGUUUAGAAUAAUUCAAAAAAGCCUGAAUUCUAAUGCGAUAUCAGCGCUAUCUACUCAGAUGAUGAAAAAGAAACACCUUAAUAAUAGGCAUAGAGGAUAUUCAAAAAAAUUUAGCAAGUGGCAGAAAUCAAUAAAUUAUAAACUGCAAAUGAUAAAAUGAGAUUUUUUAACUGGCCCAACUCAGGAGAGUGCAAAAUAAUGAGUGUAAACUUCAAAAUAAUUUAUAGUCACAAAGAUUAAGAUUUAAAACUGAUAAAAUCGUAUAAUUAUCACACUGCUUCAACACUUCAAUGGUAAAAGAAUGCUUAACUGAAAAGUUACGAUUUUGUUAUGCAAGACAAUCUCAUAUUUGAUGCUCAUAAUGCCUCAUCUACUCAUUUAGAGAAUAACAUCAUUUCUUUUGUAGUAGCAGAAAAUGGUGACUUCGUUUGCAUUAAAGAUGAACAAACUUUUGUUAAUAAUGUCAGAAAAAAUUAAACCAUUAUAAACAGUAGAAUGAAUUCAACAAAUAAUAAUGAGUAAUCAAGCAUACCUUAAAGAAGAGCAAGACAAAGUGUAGCAAAGAAUCAAAAAAUAGAAAAAAAUAAAGUUAUUUCUGAGACAGAAAAUUAAAUGAAGCAAAUGUGGUAGCAGUCAAUUACAGAAUUCCUAGAAAAAGAAAACAGUUAAUUUGAAAAAGAAAACUAAAAUUCUCAAAAAAGUAACUUUAAUAAAAAUAACUAAGAAGAUGAUGAUGAUGAUGAUGAAAAAUAAAGACCUUAUAAAGCAGAAAAAAAAAUAGUGAAUUGCAAUAUUACUCAUAAUGGAUUCAAUUGUCAACUUAUUCAAAAAAUUGAUAUUCAACCUCGUGAAAAAAUAGAAAAUUUUUUAAAAGAAAAUCUUCUAAAAGAUGAAAAAUUUUAUAAUUUUUGCUUUAAAAAUCCGAAAAUGACUAUAAGAGAUAAACUAAAGCAAUGGGAUGUGGUUAAUGAGUAAGAAGACAUAGAAUUAAUCCCUAAAAAGUUUCGAUUCCCUGUAUUGAGAAAACAUUAAAUAACAUCAGGUAUAAUAGAAGAAAAAAACUAAUUCAUAAGGCCUCAUACUAUCACAACAGAUAAUUGUAAAAUCGUAGUUAUAGAUCAUAAAAGAGAUUUGUUUGUUGAUGUAGGCCAAGAAUUGAAGCUUUUGGUAUUUUUAUGGCCUGAAAGGGGAGAUAAUUAAAACGAAAUCCACUUUUAUGAAGAGCUUAGUAAGUUUAAAGAUUUGUGUGAUGAUGCCUUAAAAAGCAUGGUUUUAGAUCUAUCGAGAGUUAGAUCUCUUCCACUAUCUUACAGACCUAAAUUAAAAAAGAAAUAUUUCGAAUUAUAUUGA